AGAGAGACUGGACGGUGUAAAUGACUUGAACUCAAUAUGUAACGACCUCGCAGGGGUUUCGUCCGGCUGGAAUCCGUCGAGUGCCAGUUGCGCUUCUUCACGAGAGACCAAAGCACGCACACACACACAUAGUCGCUCUAUCUUCCUGCCUUGGCCUGAGCAAGGUAGACCGAGAGAUCGAGAGGGCUGCUGUGUAGUACUAUUACGUGUCUGUACUGUCAUCGGCAACAGCGAUCAUGUACGGCAACGACAAGCAGUCGCUCAUGAAGCACGAAGACUACGAACUGCACGGCACACCCGCCACGGGAGCCAACGACGGCGGUGCCGGCUUCUACGCGCAGGAAGGCCGUCCGGUGCCUCAGCAGGGCUACGUGGACCCACGCGGUCCUGCUCUUCCGCCCAUGAACGUCUCGGAUGCCGUCGGUCUCGGCGGUCAGCGUGACAACAUCAUCUCGGUGCACGGUUACAUGCACAAGCAGGGCAAGCGCACAAUCAAGGGUCCGAUCCACAAAAGCUGGAAACGCCGCUACUUCGCCUUGGAGAAGGCCAAGAUCUACUACUUCCACUCGCAUCUGGAAUGCCGUCAGUAUUUCACCACCCGUAACGCUGACCUGGUCGUUGGCGCCAUCGAGCUGAAGGACGCGCUGCAGCUGCGUCCAUGUGCUCGUCUGGAUCUGCCCCACAAGGGUUUUGAGGUGCACACUAAGCGUCGUGUGUGGGUGUUAUGUCCCGAGACGGACGAGGAGUACCGCAUGUGGUUUCAGGGCGUCGAGCGCGCUAUUGUGGCUAACGGCGCCGGUAACAUUAUCGAGCGAAAGCUGCCGAACGUUCGCAAGUACCUGAUGAAGGGCAACCAGACGUACCGGUUCUUCUACUUCCUCUUCUUAAUCGCCGGUAUCGUUGAGCUGCUGGCUAUCGUUUUUUGGUUCGUGAUCGGGUUGGAACCAUGCGACGCCUCACGUAUGGAAGUCGACUGUGCCACCAUUACAAGCACGUCGUUGGAGACGCUGCGUUGCUCUGACAAGCCAUUCAGUGGCUGGUUCACGCCGCCCACGUGGUAUUUACAGGUGGCUGACGUCGAGAAUGUUAUCUGCUUCCGCGACCCACCUAUUCCACAGUGGGCCUCGUACUUCGCUAUGCUGUUCGCUGAGCUGCUGACGUUCGCUUUGGGUGUCCUCUACUAUCUUGGUAUGUGGAAGCCGGUGCGUCGUGGCGCCCACUACUUCGAUGAGUUUGAGCCGCCCGUUCCGGACGAGCUGUGGCCCAAGGUGGACGUUUUGUUGUGUCACUACUCGGAGCCCGCCGAAGAGACGAUCGACACACUGAUGGCAUGUAUGAACCUGCAAUACCCGCCCCACCUGUUGCAGAUCUGGGUUUGUGACGAUGGUUACUGCAAAACCAAGUGGACCAAGGGCAACCCGGUCCCGACGGUGGAGCUGAACAAGGGCAUCUUGGAAACUGCUGGUGAUCUCCGUCAGGAAGUGGCUCAGUUCAUGUACGACCGUGUGUGUGACCCCAACGAGGACAUGGAGGUGUACGCGUGGCGUAAGCUACACUCGUCUGCCAACUUGCCGUCUCCAUCCCGUGUCAAGGUGGUUAACCGUGCCGAUUGUGCCGUAGGCUCGUUCCGUGAUGAUUACCGCUACCCAGGCCUACCGCACGUGACCUUUAUCGGUCGUGUGAAGCCAGAGACGCACUACUCGAAGGCUGGUAACAUCAACAACUGUCUGUACAAUGAGGGAGCCAACGGCCGCUACCUGAUCAUCCUCGAUACCGAUAUGCAGCCUCACCCGAAGUUUAUCCUGGCUACACUUCCGUUCUUCUUCGAUGAUGAGGAUCGCCAGGACAAGGCCAAGUACAUUUGCUGUGGUAUCGGCUGCAACUCUGUCGCAAAGCUUUGCUGCGCCUCCUGCCAGAUCGCCGGCGUGCCCGAGGAACAGAUCAGUUACUGCUCCAAGGACUGCUUUGAAAACGCCAUGCACGUCCAGAGUGCCGUCCACCGUCGCCAGGUGAAUGGCACCAUGAGCGAUACUCGCGCUAGUAAGAUCGACAUGCGUUGCAUGAACUGUGAUGCCAAGCUGCCGAAGAACGGUGUGUGCCGCAAGUGUGGCAACAAGGGUGCGGAUGGAGAGGAUGUGUCAUCGCUCCACACUUACUCGGACGACGUGCGUGACAACGCCGUUGCCUUCGUGCAGACGCCUCAAUACUUCCGUGAUUGCAUUCAGCUCCAGAUUGGCGAUCCGAUGGGACACCGGAACGCUACGUUCUACGAUGCCAUUCAGACUGGCCAGGAUGGCUACGACUGUGCCUCUUUCGCUGGCACGAACGCUAUGUUCCGUCGCGAGGCUCUAGAUUCGAUUGGCGGCAUCCAGUACGGUAGUCUGACUGAAGAUUGCUACACCGGCCAGGUGCUCUGUGCCAUGGGCUGGAAGGCUCAGUACUUCCGUAAGGAUUUCGAGGGCGAGCCGUCCGAGCGUAUUCGUCUGGCUGAAGGACUGAUUCCUGACUCGGUGGCUGGCUCGCUGGCUCAGCGUAAGCGUUGGGCCAAGGGUAAUUUCCAGAUCGCACUGAUGAACAAGAAGACGCAGUACUUUGACCCGGAGUGGAAGAUGCCGGAGGUGCAAGUCCCGACGUACCACAAGUCGAACAAGUUCAUGCGCCGUGUGUUCUACUUCAACUCGACACUCUACCCGCUUGGCUCGAUCACGGCUAUUCUGUUCUACUACAUCACGCUCUACUUCCUGUUCUCUGGCUACGCUCCAAUCUACAUGGCUGGUGCGCGUCUCGUGUACGCUCUGGUGCCCAAGUUGCUCGUGCAGGGCGUGCUGUCGGCGCUGAGCAACCGUACAGUGGAGAACAGCGAUGUGAUUCGAUCGCAGGAGGUGUGGUUCGCUUACGCCUUCACCAACUGCACGGCGGUGCUGGAGGCCUUCUGGUGGAAGAUCACGGGUAAGGAGCCCAAGUGGUUCAACACGGGUGGUGCGAGUCGCGGUUCGACUGCAGAGCUCCCGAAUGUUAUCAUCUUCUUUGGAACUGUCGUGGGUGUGCUGUGGUCGGUUGUGCGUUUCCUGGCUGGCUACAACAGCAUCCAGACGUCGCACGGUGCGUCACUGCUUUUCGCAAGUUUAAUGAUGGGUCUAUUCAUCGCGGUUAAGCUUGCGCCGAGCGUGCGUAUGAGCAUCCAGGAGUACUUUGGCUGGAGCUACGAGAGUCUGAUGGACCAGGGCAACGUCGUGGGCUCGAUCUCGAUUGCAUUCGGACUCGUUUUCAUCACGCUGUGGGUCUGGAUCGAGCAGCCGACGUCGAACCCCUUCUAAACAGGGAGGAAACAGCAGCGUGUAGCCUUAGGCCAUCCAACCAGUGUAGUCUACGCCGCUAUUCAUGCUUACGUGCUUGAUUUUCAAUAUAUUUUUUUCGCUUCUA